UCACCCAGCCGGCAAUUGUCAACGUGACACAUUUUGAUAUAAACAGGACGUUUUCUUAGCAAACUUGCGCUUCAAUUCCGUUAUGGCUCCAAUCAAAAAUUUAUCUGCAGCACCCGGCGUUAAUGCGAUUCUCCUGGGGCCUCCCGGAUCAGGGAAAGGGACACAGGCUCCACUACUUGCAGAAAAAUAUUAUGCAUGUCAUUUAUCAACAGGUGACAUGCUAAGAGCUGUUGUGUCAUCAGGGUCUGAGCUAGGAAAGAGAGUGAAGCAGGUCAUGGACGCAGGAAAGUUGGUUUCAGAUGACCUCGUGGUUGAGAUGAUCGAUGAUAACCUGAACAAGCCGGAGUGUAGCCGGGGAUUUCUGCUGGAUGGUUUUCCCCGCACAGUAAAUCAGGCAGAGGCUCUAGACCAGUUGUUACAAAAACGAAAGACAACCUUGAACUCAGUUAUUGAGUUCAAGAUAGAUGAUUCUCUCCUGGUUAAGCGAAUCUGCGGGCGUCUAAUACACAAAUCUAGUGGGCGUUCGUACCAUGUGGAAUUUGCACCCCCAAAAAAGCCCAUGACAGAUGAUGUAACAGGUGAGCCUCUUAUGCGUCGCUCAGAUGACAAUGAGGAGGCUUUGAAGACUCGAUUGAAGUCCUACCAUGACCAAACUCGUCCACUUGUGAACUACUACAGUAAGCGCGGCAUCCACACCGCUGUCGACGCAUCACAGAAACCAGCCACAGUGUUUGAAGCCAUCAGGUUGGCCUUUGAAAGGACUGCUGGAGUGCGCUUGAGGUCUAGCAAUUAGUUAUAACUCUUCCUUUUUUUGUUGGGAUUUCACACCGCUGUCGACGCAUCACAGAAACCAGCCACAGUGUUUGAAGCCAUCAGGUUGGCCUUUGAAAGGACUGCUGGAGUGCGCUUGAGGUCUAGCAAUUAGUUAUAACUCUUCCUUUUUUUGUUGGGAUUUCACCAAAUGCAAUGACUGUACUUACAUUCUUUUCAAUUUAUGAAAUGAUUCUUUUGCAGAUUUAUCAAUUGGAAUAUUUAUUUGCAAACAUAUUUUUAAUGAAUGUAAUUAGAUAUUUUUAGGAAUAUUUAAGAACAUACCAUUUUUUGUUUUACUUGUCUUUGUAUAUUCAUAAUUUCAACCAGGUUGUUUUCAUUGAAACCAUUCUUAUAAAAUGUGACUGAUUAUAAAUGCAGCUUUAAACCAUCUUUGCUGACUAAUUUAAAUAUUUGGAAAUACUAUUGAACUGUAUUUGUACCAAAUUCAUUUUUUGUAAUAUGUUUUGUCUGGUACAAAAUUGUGAAUAUUAUAAUAUGUUUAUUGUUGGUUGUUUGAAGGUACACAAGUCAUGUAGAAGCGAAUGUUAAAACAAUUAUUAUUAAUCAUUUAACUAGGCAUCUUUUUAACAAUUCAUUUGUUUCAUACAAGUCAUGAAGCUUUAAGAAAGACAAAUUAUCAAAGUAGAAUUCUAAGAAAGUGAGUAUUAUUUGUUCUUAGGCCUAAAAAAAAAAUAUGUCUGUUUCGGGUAACCCGACCCAUAGCUAUAAAAAUACGCCGACCCUAACUAUUUUUUUCCGUUUCUGAGCAAAAAAAAUAUUCGUUAGCGAAUAGAGAGUUACAAAGGGCGGAUAAAUGCAGAUUUUAAUCAGAAUUAUUGUUUAUAUGACAAAACAAAGUCAGGCAAUGACAGUAAUGUAGGAAAGACUGCCGUGUGCAAGAAAACACUCUGAACUUACGACAGAUUUUGAAAGAAAAAAUAAAAAAAUCCCUACCUACCCUACAUAGAAAUUUUGGGAAGGUUACCCUAAACAAACAAUUUAUUUGUUUUGUUUUUUUGGCCUUACCAACCUCAGGACUGGUCUUUGCCUAACAUUCCUUCCCAUAUAUUCAUUGUUUAACCUGAGAUAUUAUAAAGUAUUCUCAUUUGCUCAUGUUAAAAUUCCCAUACAUACUAGUAGUUAUAGUACUGUUGAAGAUUGUUAUGUUUGUAAGAUCAUCACAUUUAAAGUGACACUCUUAUUCAAAAUGAAUAUACAUGUAUAACAAACAUCAAUUUUGACUGAUAACUUACUUAAUAAUGUAUUUAUGGAACAUACUCAUUACUGAUAAAAAGAUUGUAACCGUGUAUUUAAUAGUAGAAAGAGCAAAAUAUUAAAUGAUUAGUAAAUGCUUAAAGAUUUACUGUUGUCUAUUAUAGUCUCAUUAGGUAGAAAUACCGUGUUUUAUGCUCAUUUCUUUCAAAUUAAACUCAGUAUCCUUCAUAAGAACCAUUUUUUUUUAGCUCACCUGUCACAUAGUGACAAGGUGAGCUUUUGUGAUCACAAUUUGUCCGGCGUCCGUCCGGCGUCCGUCCGUAAACUUUUACUUUAAACGACAUCUCCUCAUAAACCGCUUAGCCAAUUUCAUCCAAACUUCACAGGAAUGUUCCUUGGGUGGUCCCCUUUGAAAAUUGUUCAAAGAAUUGAAUUCCAUGCAGAACUCUGGUUGCCAUGGCAAUGGAAAGGAAAAACUUUAAAAAUCUUCUUCUCCAAAACCACAAGGCCUAGAGCCUUAAUAUUUGGUAUAUAGCAUCAUCUAGUGGUCCUCUACCAAAAUUGUUAAAACUAUCCCCCUGGGGUCAAAAAUGGCCCCGCUCCGGGGGUCACUUGUUUUACAUAGACUUAUAUAGGGAAAACUUUAAAAAUCUUCUUCUCAAAAACCACAAGGCCUAGAACCUUGAAAAUUGGUAUGUGUCAUCAUGUAGUGGUCCUCUACAAAAUUUGUUGAAAUUAUUCUCCUGGGGUCAAAAAUGGCCCCGCCCCAGGGGUCACUAGUUUUAUUACAUAGUGUUAUAUAGUAAAUCUUUAAAAAUCUUCUUCUCCGAAACUGCCCAGGGCUUAGAUAUUUGGUAUACAGCAUCAUCUAGUAUACCUCUACCAGAUUUGUUCAAAUUAUUGCCACAGGGUCAAAAUUGACCCGGCCUAGGGGGUCCUUGUUUUUACGUAGUGUUAUAUAGUAAAUCUUUAAAAAUAUUCUUCUCCAGAACCGUAAGGCCAGGAGCUUAGAUAUUUGGUAUACAACAUCAUCUUGUGGAUCUAUAACAAAGUUGUUCAAAUUAUUGCCACAGGGUCAAAAUUGGUCCCGCCCUGAAAGUUUGUUUUUAUAUAGUCCUAUAUAAUAAAACUUUAAAAAUCCUCUUCUCCAAAAUAUAAGACCUAGGGGUUUCAUAUUUGGUAUAUAGUGUUACCUAGUGGACCUACACCAAAGGUAUUCAAAUUAUUGUCCCGGGGUCAAAUUGUCCUUGCUCAGGGGUCAUUUGUUUUUACAUUGUCUUGUCACUUAAACAUCUUUUCCUCUGUAAGUAAAGGUCAGAAUGACUCCAUACUUGAUAUGUAGCAUCCUUACAUGGUCCUCUCUCAACUUUGUUCAAAUGGUUUUGUUUGGCCCCUUUUAGGGGUCACCAGAGCAAAAAAUAGAAAAACCUUUAAACAACUUGAUCUUAUUAACUGCUUGAUGGAUCUUCAAGUUUGAAGCAUCCUAGCAUGGGCCUCUGUCAGGUCUUUUCAAAUAAUUUUAUUUGGCCCCUUUUAAGAACCAGAGCUAAAAUUAGUAAAAAAAAACUUAACAUUUUCUUCGCAUGAACCCCUUGAUAGAGCUUCAGCAAAUUUGGUUUGAAGUGUCCUUGCAUGGACCUCUCUUAAAUUUGUUCACAUAAUUUUGUUUGGCCCGGUUGCCAUGGCAACCUAAAGGAAAAUCUCAACAAUUGGUUAUGAUCAUCUUCUUCUCCUAAACCGCUUUGACAAUUUUGAUGAAACAUCAUAGGAAUGAUCCUUGGUUGGUGCUUUUUCAAAAUUGUUGAAAGAAAUUAAUUCCAUGUAGAACUCUGGUUGACAUGGCAACCUAAAGGAAAAGUGUCAACAAUUGGUUACAAUCAUCUUCUCCUAAACCGCUUGGACAAUUUUGAUGAAACUUCAUAGGAAUGAUCCUUGGUUGGUGCUUUUUCAAAAUUGUUCAAAAAAAUUAAUUCCAUGCAGAACUCUGGUUGCCAUGGCAACCUGAAGGAAAAUAUAGGCUGUCGUGUCCGCGCUGUGACUUUCUCUUAUAUGGACAGAUUUUAAAAUGACUUGCCAUAUGUUUUCGACAUACCAAGACAACGUGUCGUGUGCAAGACCCAUGUCCCUACCUCUAAGGUGAAAGAUACACUAAGUGUUUAUUCACAAUGGAAUGCUGAAUAUGAGGACAUAAAGAGUGUUGGCUGUCAUUUAGUAUGAUUGUUUUUUUUUCUAUGCUCAGAGGUAAUUUAAUAUAACUUGCAAUAUGUAUUUGACACAUAAAGGCAAGAUCAACUUUUUAUGUACUUGUUCAUAGAUCAAUGUCACAUUGGAAGGCAUUUGUCACAUACUUUGACAGCUCUUGUUCAAUAUUCUUUGAGAAACAAGCUAUAUUAAUAACAAAGGUUAAACUCUUGUACUCAGGUGAGCGAUUUAGGGCCAUCAUGGCCCUCUUGUUUACAUUUAUUUGUCCUUUUGGGAAUUUUAAACCAAUUUUAUUAAUUUUGGUAAAUCUUGUUUGGGAGUAAGAGUGCAUCUUUGAAUGAGAACGAUUGUGGUACUUAUAUGUUCAGCCAGUGAUCAAUGAUGAAGUGAUUAUACUUUUAAAUGGAAAAGGUAAACCUCUUACUCUAGUUCUUAACUGCUUGGCAUUUAAACUUUCAAUAAGCUCUGAUAUAUAAAAUCAAACUUACACAUGCCCUGAAAGUAUAUUACAUGUGCAUAGCACAAAGGCUUGUGGGCAUUGUGACAUCUGUUUCACAACCGUAUUCAUUGUAGUGUGGUUAUAUUGUAUUAUAUUUUGUCUCAUGGUUAUGCAGGCUGGAUAUUAUUUGUAUCUAAAGGCUUUAUGCCAAAAGAGGUAACUUAAUUUUGGACAUUACUUUAUAUGGAUUGUUAUAAUCUUAAGUCAUGUAAAGAUAAAAUAACAAAUAAGGUUCAUUGUUUAGUUAACAACAAUAACUAAUGUGUUUGUAUUAAUUUUAUAUUAUAUAUAAAAUGCCUUAGCUAUUAUGACAAAGAUUGCUCUUGCUUAAGUUACAUUAACAUUAUAAUGGUAAUAUAAUAUUGAUUUCAUGAAAGACAUUUUGCUGUGACAAAAAAAUUGGGGUUACUUUUUAGAAUAUUAGUACUUAAAGCUGCACUCUCACAGAUUGACCGUCUUAUAUCACUGGUUCUCAGACAUUUACGCAAAAAUUGGCUCAUUCUAAGACAAAAAAUAAAAGAUGUUGUCAAACAGUAUAUCUGUGAGAGUGGAGAUUUAAAAAUCUUCAAUAUACAAGAGAUACAUGUAAUUCUGGUAAUUUGGUAACUUAAACAAUUGCAAGCUUACUUCAGCUUACUCAUUGCACUGUGUGUGGUUUAUAUUGAAUAGAAUAUUUUUGUAAUGCCUUUUCUCAUAAACUAGAUGUCCCUAUGUUUGUUCCAAAGAUGUGUAUUGCUGUUGAUAGUGGAUAUAAAUGCAAACUGUUCUACACUGGGGUUUUAGACAGGUUUUUUUAAAAAAAUGGACCGGGUGCUUGGGUGGAAAGGGCAUAUUGUAUAGCGCUGUCAAUUAUUUGAAAAUUAUGAAUUUGAUAGAAAAUGAUAAUUAUGUGUUUUUAUUGUGUUAAUAUGAGGUUUCAUUUGCCAACUAUGUCAAGUUUGUUUGUAUCAUAAUCAUAUUAUAAGUUUUAAUUGAAACAAUAAAUAUAUUUGUCAGUCUUAAGCAUUUAAUUCUAUGAUGGAAAUAUUUGUCAGUCUUAAGCAUUUAACUAUAUGAUGGAAAUAUUUGUCAGUCUUAAGCAUUUAACUAUAUGAUGGAAAUAUUUGUCAGUCUUAAGCAUUUAACUAUAUGAUGGAAAUAUUUGUCAGUCUUAAGCAAUUAAUUCUAUGAUGGAACUUUUUUUUAGUCUUAAGCAUUUAAUUCUAUGAAGGUAGAGGGGUACACAUGCUGGCCUUCAUGAGUACCGAAUGAAGCUACCAACUAAAGAGCAAGGUGCAAAACCCUUUCAUAAGCCUUUAACUAAAACACAAAUUUUAUACAUCAUAUUUUAGUGCGACACUUUACAACUUUUAUAACAUCAUUUGAUUCAAUAUCAUACGGUUUCUGCGGGAGAUUCUAAGAUUAAAACGUCAGCUUUUUAUAAGCAUCCACUUAAUUGCUGCCACAGAAAUAGAUUCAACUUUCUAUACCAUCAUGAUAAUAAAAUAGGAAAACCUGCAGACUAUGUAGAAAUUUGGAUUUGUAUCACAUUCUCGAUUGUAUAUCUCUAGCAUAUAUUUGCAAGUGAUCUGUAGUGUGUAAAAAGGAGGAAAUAAACAAAUGCAUAUAUA